CAACCAAGGGUAGUACUCCAAACACGUGCAAAUUAAAAAACCUAAACUAAAAAAAAUAAAAAAAAUAAAAAAUAAAAAAAAAACCCCACCACACCCACCUCUUGACAGAAUCCCCCUCUAUAAAAAGGGAGUGAAGUCCUCUGUCCGAAGGCCCGUGUUUUGAGCAGCUUCGACUUCGGGAUUACCAAAACGAAGCAAAAACCAAAGUAUCACUACUACAAAUUCGAUUUAUCGUAUUUCUACUACUACUGUUAUAUCAUAUUCAAAUUCCGGUCAAUCCGAUUCGAUCCGAUCCGAUUCAUUUUUUAAGUAAGAAAAGAAGAAGAAUUAGCAAGAAAUGAUGAGCGAAGAACUCGUUUUACCGCCCGGGUUUCGAUUCCACCCGACCGAUGAAGAAUUAGUGGUUCAUUACUUAUGUCGCAAGUGUGCUUCUCAACGGAUUUCUGUUCCUAUUAUUGCUGAAAUUGAUCUCUACAAAUUUGAUCCUUGGCAACUUCCUGGGAUGGCGUUAUAUGGUGAGAAAGAGUGGUAUUUCUUUUCACCAAGAGACAGAAAAUACCCAAACGGGUCAAGGCCGAAUCGGGCCGCAGGAACCGGGUAUUGGAAGGCAACCGGGGCGGAUAAGCCCAUUGGAAAGCCCAAAACUCUUGGUAUUAAAAAAGCUUUGGUGUUUUAUGCCGGAAAAGCCCCUAAGGGUGUUAAGACUAAUUGGAUAAUGCACGAGUAUCGCCUCGCUAAUGUUGAUCGAUCAGCCGGCAAGAGAACCAAUCUUAGGCUUGAUGAUUGGGUGUUAUGCCGUAUAUACAACAAGAAGGGUGUGAUUGAGAAGGACUAUAGCAUUGAUCAGAACUCCAAGCCCAUGUCAAUGCCCAAUUCCAUGGCCCAAUACUCAGACUUUGAGGAUCAAAAACCCAAUAUUUCGACACCGGGCCAGACCGUGCCCAUGGGGUACAUGACCCCAUCACCCAUACCCCCGGCGAAAAAUGACCUGCUGCAUUUCGACACGUCGGACUCGGUCCCUCGGUGCCACACGGACACGAGUGGGUCGAACCAUGUAGCCUCACCCGAGUUUAUGUGUGACAAGGAGGUCCAAAGUGACCCUAAGUGGAAUGAACUAGGCAAGAACAACCUUGACUUCCCUUCGUUCAAUUACAUGGACCCAUUUCCUGAGGACCCAUUUGCCUCAACAGCCCAAUUUCAGAAUGAUCAGAUGACCAAUUUUCAGGACAUAUUUAUGCUCCUUCGGUAAGCUAGCCCGAUCCGGCCGGAAUGAAGUGGGUAGUCCGAUCCAGUGACAAGCUAAGGAGAGGAUGCUAGUGAAUUUUAAAACUUAGGAUGCUGAUGAAGAAUAGUUUUUAGAAGGAUCAUUAAUUAAUCCUUUGUAAAUUCAUUCUUAAGAUUCAGCAUGUUAAUAUGUAGUUUUACCUCUAGGAUUAUAUAGAUUUCAGGGGCUUUGUAGAACAAUUUUUUGUUAUCCAAAAAAUAUUGCGGGAAAUUUAAUUAUUCAGAAUUUCAGUACUUUAUCUAGAGAUGGAUGUAUAUAUGAUGCUAGUAUGUUUCAGUUGCAAAACUUUUGAGGUGA